AUGAGUCGGCAACUCAACAUCAAGUCCGGGGGCGACAAGGGCAACUUCAGCGUGCACUCAGCAGUGCUGCCGCGGAAGGCUGUGGGCAGCCUGGCCUCCUACCGCACAGCUAGCAAAGGGGCUGGGGCUGGAUUCAGCAGUCGGAGCCUCUACAACUUGGGAGGGAAUCGACAAAUUUCUAUUAACGUGGCUGGUGGCAGUGGUCGGGCUGGAGGUUACGGCUUCUGGCAUGGCUCUGGGUAUGGAGGGGGCCGGGCCAGUGGCUUUGCUGGCAGCAUGUUUGGCAGUGUGGCCCUGGGGCUAGCGUGUCCAUCCGUGUGCCCGCCUGGAGGCAUCCACCAGGUCACAGUCAACAAGAGCCUCCUGGCCCCCCUCAACGUGGAGCUGGACCCCGAGAUCCAGAAAGUGCGCACGCAGGAGCGGGAGCAGAUCAAGGCUCUGAACAACAAGUUUGCCUCCUUCAUUGACAAGGUGCGGUUCCUGGAGCAGCAGAACCAGGUGCUGGAGACCAAGUGGGAGCUGCUGCAGCAGCUGGACCUGAGCAACUGCAAGAAGAACCUGGAGCCCAUCCUCGAGGGCUACAUCAGCAACCUGCGCAAGCAGCUGGAGACGCUGUCUGCGGACAGGGUGAGGCUGGACUCGGAGCUCAGAAGCAUGAGGGACCAGGUGGAGGACUACAAGAAGAGAUAUGAGGUGGAGAUUAACCGGCGCACAGCAGCCGAGAAUGAGUUCGUGGUGCUCAAGAAGGACGCAGAUGCAGCCUACGCUGCCAAGGUGGAGCUCCAGGCCAAAGUGGACUCUCUGGACAAAGACAUCAAGUUCCUCAAGUGCCUGCACGACGCGGAGAUCGCCCAGAUCCAAACUCACGCCAGUGAGACCUCCAUCAUCCUGUCCAUGGACAACAACCGGGACCUGGACCUCGACAGCAUCAUCGACGAGGUCCGUGUCCACUAUGAGGACAUCGCCCUGAAGAGCAAGGCCGAGGCUGAGGCGCUGUACCAGACCAAGAUGCAGGAGCUGCAGCUGGCGGCCAGCCGGCACGGCGACGACCUCAAACACACGAAGAAUGAGAUGUCGGAGCUGAACCGGCUCAUCCAGAGGCUGCGGUGUGAGAUCGGGAAUGUGAAGAAGCAGUGCGCCAACCUGGAGACGGCCAUUGCCGAUGCCGAGCAGCGGGGCGACAAUGCCCUGAAGGACGCCCGGGCCAAGCUGGACGAGCUGGAGGCCGCCCUGCAGCAGGCCAAGGAGGAGCUGGCGCGGAUGCUGCGCGAGUACCAGGAGCUCAUGGGCUUAAAGCUGGCCCUGGACGUGGAGAUCGCCACCUACAGGAAGCUGCUGGAGGGCGAGGAGUGCAGGAUGUCUGGUGAGAAUCCAUCCUCUGUGAGCAUCUCCGUCAUCAGCAGCAGCAGCUACGGCUACCACCCCAGCUCCUCGGGUGCUGACCUUGGGGCCAGCGGGGUGGUGGGCAGCUCUAGCAGCACCCGAAGUGGGCAGAUCAAGACCAAAGGGGCGCGAGGGGGAGACCUCAAGGACUCCCAGGGCAAGAGCACCCCGGCCAGCGCCCCAGCCAGGAAAGCCACCCGGUAG